AUGACUACCUUGUUCCAUGAUAUGAUGCAUCAGGAAAUCGAAGUCUAUGUGGAUGAUGUCUUCAUAAAAUCAAGGGAAAGUUUGGAGCAUACCACGCAUUUGUGCAAAUUCUUCGACAGACGUUGCAAAAUCAAUUUAAAAUUGAAUCCCGCAAAGUGCACGUUUGGGUUGCUCGCAGGUAAACUGCUAGGAUUCACAGUCAGUCGCAGAGGCAUUGAGCUAGAUCCUGUUAAGAUUAAGGCAAUACAAGAGCUACCGCCUCCCAAAACCAAGAAGGAGGUCAUGAGCUUCUUAAGAAGGUGCAUGCUCGCCCAACAUGACGAAGAGGGCAAAAAGGAACAUGCCAUCUACUACUUGAGCAAGAAGUUCAUCUCUUGCGAAGCGCGAUACACGCACAUGGAGAAAACCUGUUGCGCUUUAACCUGGAUCGCCCAAAAGUUGAGACACUACCUAUCAGUGUUCACCACUCACCUCAUCUCCCAAAUGGAUCGGCUAAGAUAUAUCUUCUGGCAACCAAUGCCCAUAGGAAAAUUAGCUAAGUGGCAAAUGCUGCUGAGCGAAUUGGACAUUGUGUAUGUGGCGCAAAAAGCGAUCAAAGGACAAGCCUUGGCGGACCUCCUAGCGGAAAGUCCCGUGGAUGAUGAAUUGGAGCCAUUACGGACUUUCUUCCCGGACGAAAAGGUGAUGGCUAUAGAAGAAAAAUUGUUGGAACCAUACUCAGGCUGGAGACUAUUUUUUGAUGGAGCAGUCAACUACAAAGGAUCAAGCAUUGGAACCGUAUUGAUAUCGGAGACAAGUCAACAUUAUCCGAUGGCCGCAAAGCUCAACUUUCGAUGCACCAACAAUCUGGCAGAAUACGAAGCAUGCAUCCUAGGCCUCAGGAUGGCGCUGGAUAUGAACAUACAAGAAUUGUUGGUGAUCGGAGAUUUCGAUCUACUCAUAAAUCAAGUAAAAGGAAAUUGGGCAACAAAAAAUGAUAAAAUACUCCCAUAUGUGAAUUUGGCACAAAGAUUGUGUGGAAGAUUCAAGAGUAUUGACUUUAGACAUACGCACACACCAAGGGCUCAAAACGAGUUCGUAGACGUGUUAGCCACGAUAGCGUCUAUGAUCCAACAUCCCAAGAGUGGCCACAUUGAUCUGUUGGAGAUCACACUAAAGGAAGAGCAGGCUCACUGCGCCUGUGUGGAAGCAGAGCCAGAUGGCAAACCAUGGUACGUUGACAUCAAGACCUACCUGGAAAAGGGGGAGUAUCCACUAGAGAGUUCGGCAAAUCAAAAGAAAACUAUCAGGAGAUUGGCUAAUAGCUUCUUGUUGAACAAGGAAAGUGAGGAGAGAGGAGCGUAUGCGAGAGCUGUUGGGAAUGGGGGACAGAGGAAUGGGGGGCAGAUACACAUGGAUCUAAUCAAAGUUCCACCCCCGGAAUUACAUGCGAUGAGUGCUUCUUGGCCUUUCGUGGCAUGGGAAAUGGACGACACAGGACCCAUUGAACCUCCGGCCUCCAACGGACAUCGUUUUAUCUUAGUUGCCAUAGACUAUUUCACCAAAAAGGUGGAGGCAGCUUCCCCCAAAUCAGUGACUAAGAAAGUGGUAGCUGACUUCGGAAAAAACAAUCUGAUAUGUCAUUUCGGUGUACCGGAAUCUAUCAUCACGGAUAAUGGUGCCAAUCCGAACAGUCAUCUGAUGAAGGACAUCAGUGAGCAAUUCAAAAUCACUCAAAGGAACUCUACCACCUACCGGCCUCAGAUGAACGGAGCUGUAGAAGCUGCCAAUAAGAACAUCAAAAGGAUUUUGAGGAAGAUGGUUGACAACUACAAAAAUUGGCACGAACAACUGCCUUAUGCUCUGUUGGGAUACAAAACAACAACCGAAACUUCCACCGGGGCAACUCCAUACCUCCUCGUUUAUUGUACAGAAGCAGUCAUACCCGCAGAAGUGGAAAUCCCUUCACUCAAAAUUAUCCAAGAGGCAGAAAUAGAGGAUGCAGAAUGGGUCAAGAACCGGUAUGAACAAUUGGCCAUGAUAGAGGAAAAACGAAUGGUGGCAGACAGCAGCAAAGCAAAGGCAAGAGCCCAAACAAAGGAGAGAGAUCAAAAAGAUCACAACGGAAAUAGGUAUAAUAAUGGAUGGACUUACAUUAUCACAGGUGGUCAUAGCUUGGUGGAAUGUUCAAGCAGCAACAAAGUUGAAAGCAAUCCUUAA